AUGUCUGACGACAAAGAGAAUCGGUACCCCAGCUCGAGAUGUGAGGAGGUCAAGGCCAGCCUGGAGGCUUCCGCCCCUUCUGAGAGCCCAGCUCCCGUCUCUGCCGAGAAGGCUGCCGAGGCUGCCGAGGAACGGCCCAAGGACUCGCGACUGCGACGACGUGUUCUGCCGAACCCUAUUGUCGACGAAGUCAGGUCGUCUGUGACGGAUCUGGGAGUUCUGAUUCCGCUCCAGACGACCCAAGAAGUCCGUCAAGAUCAUACCAUCGUCCAGGCUCUCAUCACCAGGGCACCGACGAGAAUCGCUAACGACGUUCUCUCGCAAGUUCUCCCAAUGGCCCUGCGCGACUUGAAUGGCGAGAGUGCUAAGAACAUCAAUCACCUUCGACGUUGUGCAAAGCCAUCAGACCUCCCGGUACAUCUCAAGACACAGUUCAUGAAUGAAAGCGCCCUUGGCCGUCAAAUCCACAUUUCGAAAUCAAGCUGGAUCUACAUUGUUGUUGGCGAGACCAGCGAGUUCACAAAGCAGGAGCUCGUCGAGGUCCUAUCCCUGAUCGAAGGCAUGGAAGAAGAGCCCUUUGUGGCUACAGUCCCUAUCCCGCUGCUCGCACCCACGUCACAGAUCCAGGCUGCCAUGUGGUCAUCUCAGUUCUGGCCUACGGUCUACCGGAAGAACAACCCCUUGGGACCUCACCCCAGCAUCGUGGCGCGUGGCAGCGACGAGAUUAAGGACUCGGCGUCCGUCUGGAUGGCCCUCGCUCAUCGCGUGGCCCUCCAGGGGAGAGAAGCCGGCAUCGGCGAGCCGGUCGGGUGUGUCAUCGUCCAGCGAGACGACUCGGGAUCGUCGCUAGUGGCUCUCGCCGCAGACGCCCGCUGGCACCAGGAGCCCGGCGGUAUCGGCGGUACGGACGGCUCCAGCCUCCCCCUCACCCAUGCGGUCCUCCGUGCCAUCAGCAUGGUUGCCCAGAAGCUCGUCCGGCAUGAGCGGGCCAUGAACGGGCAGCCUGUUAUCGAGCCGAUCCUGGAGUACGAUGCCUUUCAGGAACGGCCGCUGAUUGAGCUGGAGAGGCAGUGCUUCGAGCAGGAGCAUCCCAACAAGGACGGCUACCUCUGCCAUGCGCUGGAGGUUUACAUGACGCACGAGCCUUGCGUGGAAUGCUCCAUGGGCCUCCUCCACUCACGCAUGGGCAAGGCUGUGUUUGCCAGGCCAAUGGCCUGCACCGGAGGCCUGAGCUCGGACGAUCGUCCAGGUGGAGGUGGACGAGGGUUGGGACUUUUCUGGAGGCGCGAGCUCAACUGGAGCUUGCUGGCUUGGGAGUGGGAGAGUGAAGACUCGCCCGACCUGCUUCGGAUCAAACCGACGACUCAUGUUUAG